GAAGAAAUAAAUUCAGUUCGACGAUAUGUCAUACUGUCUUCUGGUUUGUCUAAUUAUAUUUACAAGUUUUUGAGAUAAUAUUGUAUAUUUAUAAUCAAAAUAAAACAAAAACUAAUAUUAUGGCUUUGCCGUGGCACAUACCAUUGGAAGCAUUACCUUCAUUCAAAGAGAAAGAGCGCUCUAUUGAACCAUCUUUAAUAAAACAUUAUAGUAAAUUGAAUGUACACGAGAACCCAUGUGAAGAAUUGCAAACAGGUCUUCUUUGUGAAAUUGGUAUAAAUAAUAAAGAACCUGCAACUAUACAACGCCUCAUUGCAGCUGGAAUGACUGUUGCUCGUUUAAAUAUCCGUGAUUUGGAACCGGACGCUUGUACACAAUUGUUACAAAGUAUUAGACAAGCCGUAUAUAAUUACAGUGCUGAAUUAGAAUAUGUUUAUCCCUUGGCGCUUUUAGUAGAUGUGAGAGGUCCAGACAUAAUCACUGGGGAACUUAAAGGUGGACCACAUACAACAAUUGAGCUAAAGGAGCAUGAUUUGAUAAGAUUGACCAUAGAUACCAGUUGGCGGGAAAGUGGCACUGUCGAUUGUUUAUUUGUUGGAUAUGACCACUUAACUGACUUACAAACUGAGGACAUAAUAUUUAUAGAUUGUUUAACAUCAGGUAAAGUUAAGUUAAUAGUCGAUGAAAUUGGUGAUGAUUCUAUUGAAUGUACAAUUGCAACUGGUGGCUUAAUUGGAGCAAAAAUGGCAGUUCAUGUUUCAAAAGUUCCACACGAGGUAAAUACUAAAAAAUUAAACAAAAGUGUUGAAUCGCUGAAUAGCGGAUCUUUGGAACAACCAUUCGAACACAUGGAAGAGCAAAUAGCAUUUGCUAUAGCUUCAGAUAUUGACGGAAUUUUAGUACCAAACACUCAAACACCGCAAGAUAUUCGGGCAGUUAAAGAUAUUUUAUCUGAAAAGGGCAAACAUAUUCUCGUUUUCGCUUGUAUUGAAACUGUUUUAGGAUUUGAUAAUAUAGACAAUUUGUUACUUGAAUCUGAUGGCUUAUAUGUGGACAGAUGUGUAUUAAGCACUGAUUUACCAGUAGAAAAAAUAUUCAUUGCACAGAAAUCUAUUUUGGCAAAAUGUAACUCUAUUGGUAAACCAUGCAUAUUUAAAGCUGUUCUGAAUGAACAGAUUCCUACACUCUGUGUAAGCGAUAUCGCCAACAUCAUUUUGGACGGCGCUGACGUCUUAUCACUAGAAUUGCACUACGAUUCGCCAUUGAAAAAGUUAGUACCGGGCUAUGAUGCAGUAAAAAUGGCCGAGAAUUGUGUUGCUGCUGCUACAGUUAUUUGUAGACACGCAGAAAGAAUUAUUUGGAGACCAAAAAUUUAUGGUGUUACGGAACUUAUGCAGAGUUCUUUUGAAGAACCGACAAAAGCAAUUGGGGUUACCGCUGUUGAGCUUGCUACGCGUUCUAGAGCAGUUGUUAUAAUCUGUCUAACAAAUUCUGGGCGCACUGCAAAAAUCCUUUCACAUGCCAAGCCUUCUUGUCCAAUAGUAGCAGUGACAAGAGCGUGUCAUACAGCAAGACAAUUACGUUUUUGGAGAGGUGUUCGUGCUAUGCAUUACUUUGAGACCGCUAAAACUACUUGGCCAUUAGAAGUUGAUUCACGUAUUCAUGCUGCCCUUGAUUACUGUAAAGCAAAAAGAAUAUUGCGCGCUGGAGAUGCGUACGUAGUAGUGACAGGAUCAAGGCGCGGGGCAGGUUACUGUGACACGAUAAGAUUGUUAUAUGCCAGUGCUCGAGAAACCGUUCCAGUAGAAUUCUGAUUGAUUGAUGGAAUGGAUUUAUGAUUCCCAAUUUAUAUAAUUAUGAUUUAUAUUUUUAUAAUGUUAAUAAUAUUGUUUUCGUUCAUAAAUUGAAAUUCUUGUCAUUAGCGGAUUGUACUUUUUGCUAAAUUAUUUUUGUCAAUUACUAGAACUAAGAUGAUUAGAAGUCCAGAAGAUAGGGUAGAAUAAAAUAUUUUUUAGUUUCCUUACUCUAUACCGCAAACCGUAAGAGUCUGCGAAAUCCUUUAGUGUAACUUACCAAUUUUUUGUUUAGUUUUGGGACUUAGUAUAAUGUAGCGAUACCUCUCUAAUAAAGAGUAGACUCGCUGUUAGAAUUCAAAAUAUCGGGUUCUCGAUAUAUCGAUAUUUUACUAACAAAAAGCUCAGCUUUGGCUCGCUAGAUCUAGUGAAUAAGAUGUGAUAAUUUCUAGGCAAUUUUAUUGUAUUAAACAAUUUAAUUCCUCAUACGGAUUUCUCCUAGAUUUUUACAUUUUAACAUAUAUUAAAUUUUAAUAUUACUUAACAUCAAGUAAGAUGAUUUUCUAUGUAAUGAUAAUCCUUCCAAUGACAUUAUAUAUAUCGUGAAAAUGCAACAUAAGCCAAUAGAUGUUUCUUUAUCUUUAAUAUCAACAAUCUUUAUCUAAUAUUAUGCAUUGUGACUUAUGGAUUGUAAUUUUGAGAGCUUCAAAAGAGUAGUGGGAUUUGUUUUCUAAAUCUAUUAGCGCUACCACUAUUCUAUUAUUUUUUAUCGGUGAUACAGGACUGCAUCCGUCAUUGUCAUAUUAAGACUGAGGCUUAAAAUUGAUUAAAGGUAUUAUUAUCGUAGUAUUUUUUAUACAAAAUAACAUUUCGUUUUAGCAUAAUUUGCAAAUAAAAAAGCUAAAAGAGGAAGAACAUAAUACAAUGUACCUAAGUAAAGUUCAGUCGAUUAGGUUUUGUAAUGAUGUUGUAUUUUACAUACUUGGCGAGGAAAAGAAGGAAAAAUUUGAACUUAUUAAAAAUAAAAUGUCCAGUGUCGA